GUGGCCGUGGCCUACAUUGCCGGCUUCCUGCUGGAGGAGAGGGUGGUCUGCAACGAGCGCUUCGCUGAGGAUGGCUCCCGCACCGUGGCGCAGGGCACGAAGCGAGAGGGCUGUACCAUCCUCUUCAUGAUGCUCUACUUCUUCGGCAGGUGGGUCAUCCUCCCCCUCACCUGGUUCCUGGCCGCUGGCAUGAAGUGGGGCCACGAGGCCAUCGAGGCCAACUCCCAGUACUUCCACCUGGCCGCUUGGGCCGUGCCGGCCAUCAAGACCAUCACCAUCCUCGCCCUGGGGCAGGUGGACGGGGACGUCCUCAGCGGUGUCUGCUUUGUGGGCAUCAACAACGUGGAUGCCCUGCGGGGCUUCGUGCUGGCCCCCUUGUUCGUCUACCUGUUCAUCGGCACCUCCUUCCUGCUGGCCGGCUUCGUGUCCCUCUUCAGGAUCCGGACCAUCAUGAAGCAUGACGGCACCAAGACGGAAAAGCUGGAGAAGCUCAUGGUGAGGAUAGGCAUCUUCAGCGUCCUCUACACGGUGCCAGCUACCCUUGUCAUUGCCUGCUAUUUUUACGAGCAAGCUUUUAGGGAACAGUGGGAGAGGAGCUGGGUCACGCAGAGCUGUAAGAGCUACGCCAUCCCCUGCCCCAACAACCACAGCAGCCACCACCCGCCCAUGAGCCCUGACUUCACCGUCUUCAUGAUCAAGUAUCUCAUGACCUUAAUCGUGGGCAUCACCUCGGGCUUCUGGAUCUGGUCUGGGAAAACCCUGAACUCCUGGAGAAAGUUUUACACCAGGCUCACCAACAGCAAGCAGGGCGAGACCACUGUCUGA